AUGCCCCCUAAGGCCCGCAAAACAGGAGGCCCAGCAAGCCCAGCUCAAGCGCGCAAAGCCGCCGCGAAAGGAGCUGGCAAGUCCCCGAAGAAGGCCGCCGCAAAGCGCAUGUCCAAUGUCCAACCCGGUGAUCCCACACCCCAAGGCCGUCGCCGCCGCUACAAGCCAGGCACCGUCGCCUUGAAAGAAAUUCGUCGCUACCAACGCUCCUACGACCUCCUUAUCGCCAAGCUUCCUUUUGCGCGCUUAGUCCGCGAAGUUGCUUUGGAUCUCCUCCCCGCAGAAACUGGCGCCGAGCUACGAUGGCAAUCACAAGCUAUACAAGCACUGCAAGAAGCUGCGGAAGCGUUCAUGGUUCAUUUAUUCGAAGAUACAAAUCUCUGCGCGAUACAUGCGAAGCGUGUCACGAUUAUGCAGAAGGAUAUUCAACUUGCGCGUCGCAUUCGAGGAGCUUGGGGUGGUCUAGGCUGA